AUGAAGUUUUAUAUUGACGAUUUGCCGGUUUUGUUUCCAUAUCCAAAGAUAUAUCCUGAGCAAUAUCAUUAUAUGUGUGAUAUCAAAAGAACUUUAGAUGCGGGUGGUAAUAGUAUAUUAGAAAUGCCUUCCGGUACAGGCAAAACUGUUUCUCUAUUAUCAUUAACUGUUGCUUAUCAAAUGCACUAUCCAGAACACAGAAAGAUUAUAUAUUGUUCUCGUACUAUGUCUGAAAUUGAAAAAGCAUUGGUUGAAUUGGAAAAUCUGAUGGAUUAUAGAACUAAAGAAUUAGGUUUUAAAGAAGAAUUUAGAGGAUUAGGAUUAUCAUCAAGAAAGAAUCUAUGUCUACAUCCUGUAGUAAAUAAAGAAAGAAAAGGUACUGUGGUUGAUGAGAAAUGUCGUCGUAUGACCAAUGGUCAAGCCAAACGUGCUAUAGAAGCCGAUCCAAAUGCUAACGCUGAAUUAUGUGACUAUCAUGAAAAUUUAUACAAACUAGAAGUUGAUGAUUAUUUACCAAAUGGUGUUUUUUCUUUUGAAAAAUUGAUUAAAUAUUGUAACGAUAAGACCCUGUGCCCAUAUUUCAUUGUACGUCGUAUGAUUUCAAUGUGUAAUAUCAUUAUUUACUCAUACCAUUAUCUGUUGGAUCCAAAAAUUGCAGAAAGAGUUUCAAAUGAAGUUUCAAAAGAUUCUAUUGUUAUUUUUGAUGAAGCGCAUAAUAUAGAUAACGUUUGUAUAGAAUCAUUGUCAUUAGAUCUGACGAAUGAUAUUCUAAAAAAAGCAACAAAAGGUGCGAACACUUUAGCCAAUAAAAUAGAGGACGUAAAGAAAGUAGAUUCUAAAAAAUUACAGGAUGAAUAUGAUAAACUGGUCCAAGGUUUACAUCUUUCAGAAAAUGAAAAUGAGGAUGAUGAACCAUUUGUAGAGAAUCCAGUAUUAUCUGAAGAUAUUUUAAAGGAGGCUAUACCUGGUAAUAUUAGAAGAGCCGAACAUUUUAUUUCCUUCUUAAAGAGAUUGAUCGAGUAUCUAAAGACAAGAAUGAAAGUAUUACAUGUUAUCUCAGAAACACCCAAAUCAUUUUUACAACAUUUAAAACAACUUACUUUUAUAGAUAAAAAACCAUUACGAUUCUGUGCAGAAAGGUUAUCACUAUUGGUGAGGACAUUAGAAGUGACAGAUGUUGAGGACUUUGCUGCAUUGAAAGAUAUUGCAACAUUUGCUACGUUAGUAUCUACAUAUGAGGAUGGGUUCUUAUUAAUCAUCGAACCAUUUGAAUUAGAAAACGCGGCUGUCCCAAAUCCAAUAUUACGUUUUACCUGUUUAGAUGCAUCAAUUGCUAUCAAACCUGUUUUUGAACGUUUUUCUUCUGUUAUUAUUACCUCGGGUACUAUUUCUCCAUUGGAUAUGUAUCCAAGAAUGUUAAAUUUCACCACUGUGUUACAAAAAUCUUAUACGAUGACAUUGACUAAGAAGACCUUCUUACCGAUGAUUAUUACCAAAGGUUCUGAUCAAGUAGCAAUUUCUUCAAGAUUUGAAAUUAGAAAUGACCCAAGUAUUGUUCGUAAUUAUGGUUCUAUGUUAAUCGAGUUUGCAAAAAUUACACCAGAUGGUAUGGUUGUUUUCUUCCCUUCAUAUCUAUACAUGGAAAGUAUUAUUUCUAUGUGGCAAACAAUGGGUAUAUUGGACGAAGUUUGGAAGCAUAAAUUAAUCUUAGUUGAAACUCCCGAUGCCCAAGAAACCUCAUUGGCCUUAGAGACUUAUAGAAAAGCAUGCUCUAAUGGUAGAGGUGCCAUUUUAUUUUCAGUCGCUAGAGGUAAAGUGUCUGAGGGUAUCGAUUUUGACCAUCAUUAUGGUAGAACUGUGUUAAUGAUUGGUAUUCCUUUCCAAUAUACCGAAUCUCGAAUUUUAAAAGCUCGUUUGGAAUUUUUAAGAGAGAAUUAUCAAAUAAGAGAAAAUGACUUCUUAUCUUUCGAUGCAAUGAGACAUGCUGCGCAAUGUCUGGGUAGAGUUUUACGAGGUAAAGAUGAUUACGGUGUAAUGGUGCUUGCAGAUCGUAGAUUUUCCAGAAGAAGAAAUCAAUUACCAAAAUGGAUUGCACAAGGUUUAUCUGAUGCUAAUUUAAAUCUUUCCACCGAUAUGGCUGUCUCCAAUACUAAGAAAUUCUUAAGGACAAUGGCACAACCAACAAAUCCAAAUGACCAAGAAGGUGUUUCAGUUUGGAAUCAUGAAGAGUUAGUGAAACAUCAGGAAGAAAUAGAAAAUAGGAGAACUGGUUUACAUAAUGCUGCUAUCGGCGAAACUGAGGACAUAGAAAUGAAAUAUUAA